AUGCAUAAUGCAAUGGGGAAAAUCCCCUAAUCGCGUUAUUUGGACGGGAGUUGUAAAUUGAAUAAUAGGAUGACUGGCCUCUGACUCGGUAGCUGUAUCAAAUGACCUCACCGCAUACUGAAGGCACUAUUAAGAGUUCAAUGCCAGAGAUUCUCCUCCGACGGGACGGUGUUUUCGUCUGGUCUGCUUCUUGAUUGGAGGAGGAAAACCAAAGUUGAUUCAACACUACAUUUGGAAUGCCACUGCUAAUUGUUCGGGCUGCUGCAUUAAGAGGAAGCUAGGCUCUAGAGUUCUGGAGGGAAGAUGGAUGAGAAUGGUUCAGCUGAGAAUUCAAUACAAGGAGAUAUAAAACUGACCUGUAUGAAUGAGGAUAGUCUGAUUUUCAUCCAAUUUGAGAUUGAGGACAGGGGCACGGAAGGGAGUGCAACGGCCAAGGACUCUCUCCUUAAGAAUGAGGGGACAUUUAGUGACAACUCUACUGCUCUCAUGAAGAACGAUGGAACUGCUCAAGGACGCGAUGAAAAGGGGCUCACAUGUCAACAAUCUGAAGACGACAAAAGUUCUUCUAGUACUGCUCUUCAAGUUUUCAAGAAAGAUGAGAUUAGUCUCCUGCAGAAUGAAGAUAUAGGAUGCUUUGAUGAACUGAGAGUAGAAAAUGAAGAGGUUGUUCUGACUGGAUCGAGUGAUCGUGAGAGGGCAGACUGCACAGGGUCUAUGUGUUCAUCCGUUGAGCAGCAUGAAACAACUGCAUCCGUGGGAGAAACAACUCUUCAAUGUUUAUUGUGUGAUUGCUCCUUUGCUGACGAGUACCAGCUGACAGAACAUCUCCAACGUUCUCACAUCGAUGUAGAGUCCGAAGAUACCAUGAUUCACCGUUCAUACUGUCAAAAAUCGUUUCUAUCCAAUGCAGACUUUGUGAAACACGAGCUUGAACGCACCGGGGGGAAGCCGUUUGAAUUUAGUUUUGCUAGUGAGCAUCGUUCGGACGGGCAUGUGAAUGGAGAAAAAACGCAAAAUGGUGACAAAGAAUUCUCUCUGGAACCUUUGAGUUGCUCAGAAUGGGACGAAAGCUCCAUGUCCGAGUGUGAUCUAGCUAAUCAUAACCGUGUUGCGAAGAAAUCGUAUAAAUGUUCUCAUUGUGGCAUACGAUUCCUUUCUUUAAAAGAUAAAAAAUUACAUGAAAAAUCGCAUGAAGAAAGACCUUUUGAAUGCCAUUUCUGUGAAAAAAGAUUCAAGAUGAAACAUCAUCUUAAUGACCACGUUAGAUUGCACACAUGGGAGAAACUGUUCAAAUGUGAACAUUGCAACCGGAAAUUUCUACAUAAGAGGUCAUUGCGGCAUCAUGUUGGGGGCCAAGAAUGUACCAAAUGCAAAAAGAAAUUUGCUUGUAUGAACAUAAAGAAUGAUCAUAUGUCAAAUUAUCAUGGUUAUGGUCAAUGUCAUGAAUGUCCGAAAUGUGGCAAGUAUUUCAAAUCCAAAGAUAAUCUAAGUCGACAUGAAUUGAGAAUUCACAUUUCUGACAAGAAACAGGGUCAUGUCCCUAUGAUCUUUGACCCUGAAUUCCCUGAUGGAAAUUUACCAGGAGCUCAUGAAUGUGAGUACUGUGGCAAGAAGUUCACCCGAAAAGGCCAUCUAACGGAUCACAUAAGAAUACAUACACAGGAGAAACGCUUCAAAUGUAAACAUUGUGGCAUGGAAUUUAUCCACAGGAAUUCAUUCAAUGGGCAUAUUGGUAAAACAAACGGAAUGAAACCACUAAAAUGUAUCAAAUGCAAGCGGAAAUUUGCAUGUAUGACUAUGAAGCGGAGACAUACAUGUCAUGAAUGUCAGAAAUGUGGCAAGAAAUUCAAAUCGCUGAGUCAACAUUCAUGCGGAAUUCACGUAAAGGAGAAAUCCCUCAAAGAGCUUUCCGACAAGAAAAAAGUUGAUACGUCUCUGAUCGUGCAGGCUUGCAGAAAAUUACCAGCAACUCCUGAAUGUGAGUACUGUGGCAAGAAGUUCACCAAUAAAAGCCAUCUGACAGAACACAUUAGAAUACAUACACAGGAAAAGCGCUUCAAAUGUAAACAUUGUGGCAUGGAAUUUAUCCACAGGAAUUCAUUCAUCGGGCAUAUUGGUAAAACAAACGGAAUGAAACCACUAAAAUGUAUCAAAUGUAAGCAGAACUUUGCAUGUGUGACAAGGAAAAAACAACAUAUGAGUGGGUAUCAUGGAUAUAGUAAUAAAUAUCAUGAACACCUGGAAUGUGGUAAGAAAUUCAUGUCCAAAAGUAACUUGAAGCAACAACAUGAAUUUCCCUCUAAAGAGAUAUCCUCGGAACACAAUAAUAACCAAUGUGAUUCUACCAAGGAAAAUUCAGCAAUCCAUGAAUGCGAGUAUUGUGGCAAGACAUUCACCCGCAAAGUUCAUCAUGAGGAACACAUAAAAACCCACACAAAUGAGAAACGUUUUGAAUGUGAUCAUUGUGACAUGAGAUUUAGGGUGAGGAGUUCAUUAAUUCCACAUUUGGGUAACAAUGCUCUAGCUUGUUUCAAAUGCAAAGAGAAGUUUGCUUGUAUGACCAUGAAACGUAUACAUUCUUGUACAUCACAGUAUCAUGAUGGAUAUGCCCAUGAAUGUACGAAAUGUGGCAAGAAGUUUGAAUUAGCAAGUGGUCUAAAGCAGCACACAUGUAUCCGAGUCAAGAGAAAGGGGAAAGCCUUCAAAUGUGAAUAUUGCAGCAAAGAAUUUUGCUACAAGAGGUGGUAUGAUAUGCAUAUGGCCAGUCAUGAUACAGAUAUGCCAACCCUCUCCAUUUGGUCAGGAGGCUCCCAAGAACUCACCCCACCUCCCGACCUUAGUGAGCCUCCCAUUAUCUUCCCGGAAAAUGGCUGAAAGGUUAAAAAAAAGAAGCUUUUUUAUGAACUGGGUGCAAUUAUGCUCCUGGUGGAAAAGUUUGUGCAUUGUUCAGGUGCAAACAAGCUGGCCCAAGUGACAGAAAAAAAAUUCAGCAAACGGCUCCUUGUACGCCAUGGCAAUAUGCUGUUGUCAUUAUAUACAGUAAAAAUGCUGAGUUUUGGUGGUCCGAUCUCGGGAAACCAAAGUCUUUAAAAGUGUGCAUUAUCUCCCAUUCAUCAAUGCACAUUCAAUGGGUAAUCUAGGCUGAAAAUAUUUUCAUAUGAGUGAAAAUAGAGGAGGCUCGAUAAGCUUAGUUGGUAGAGUGGGGGCUAUGGAUUCUGAUGACUGGUUCUAUUUUCACUUGGUGUGCUAGUUCCCCAAUUGGUAGGGCAUUUAUCCUCAUUACCAGGACCCUCAGAGAGGACUUUAAGCCGUCAGUCCUCUGGAUUGCUUUUGUAGCAUUUAGGUAAAAAAACUGGCACCACUGUAAAGAAAAAUCAGACAAACAACAUUUAUUAUUAUUAUUAUUCUAUCGAAAUCGAACAGGGAACAACAGAGUUAUGACAUUUGAAAGAUUGCAUUAUUUCAGUGAAACAUUUUUAUGCCUGUCUUCAUGAAUAUUCAAUGAGCAAACCGAUGAUAUCAUAUCCCCACUUGUACUUAUGUAUUUAAUUUUAUGAAAUGGUACAUGUAUUUAUUUAAAUUUUGCCUCCAGAAUUAAAAAUAAUUUGAUUGAAAACAUAACAAGAGCAAGUUGGAAUAUGACAUCAAUUUGCUCAUUGAAUAUUGAUGAAAGCAUGAAAAGAACUGUUUCACGGAAAUAAUGCAAAUUUUUAAAAUGUCAUAACUUUGUUAUUCCUCAUCCAUUUUUAUCACAUAUUCAGUGUUUUUUCACCUAAAUUGAAGCAAUGAUUUGUAAGACCAGGGGGUUGUUUCACAAAGAUUUAAGUAUGACUUAAAUGUCUACGUGUAUAUGAUUUGCAACACACAAUCUAAUUAAUCAAUACGCAGUAGUGCGUGUCCUCUUUGCAUGAUCUGACCAAUGCGGUUAUGCCUUUUAUUCCGCGUGCAACUGGACAUUUAUGUGCGACUAUAAGUCAUACUUGAAUCUUUGUGAAACACCCCACAAAUUAUUCAAAACAUAUAUACUGCUUUUAAGUCUGACUCUCUUACGUUAUCAGUUUGUAUGGUCCCUAAAGAUUUGAUGUAAGCAGAUGUACUUGUAUUAUGUUAUUGACAAUGAGAUGGAGAAUAUGGAAACAAUCAUAUUGGAUAGUGUAUAUGUUUGAUGGAUGAAGAGUCUGGAAUAUGAAGGUUUCAGAAUGAUUCAUAUUUACGAGUGAAAAGUGUUAUUCAUACAAUUAUGUGGUAUCAUUAAUUAUUUACACUACAGAAAAAGCAAAAUCUUGGGCAAUUCCAGUUACUUGCACAUUUUACUCUGAGGUCCUUGGUGAUUUUUCAACUUUUUUUUCAAAACUUUGAACACCUUUAGACUGUAAUAACAUGCUCUAAAAACUUUUAAUGUCGUGCAGCUCAUGUAUAAUUUUAUCAUUAUCAACACGAACAGAUUUAUAGGAAAGUCUGUCUUAUUUUAUAUGAAAAUGGUGCAAAUAUGUGUACGCCAUAUCUGUUUUUACUUUUCUAACUCCAGUCAUAUCAAACAUCAAAUCUUGUGUGUCAAUGUAAAAUGUGGUUAAAAACUAACAUCAGUAGCUUUACCACCCUUUCACACGGUAUAAAAAAAUCGUAAUUUGAACGAUGAUUCCAAUGUAAAAUAUGACAAAUUUUUAACACGUGUGAAACCAAACUAGAAUCACAAAUGUUUAUCACAAUUAAGAAUUCAAAUUCUACUCUGGAGGUGAAUUCCAGUUCAGUUUCACUCAAAUUAUGGUACAAAUUUUCCGUGUGAAAGCUAGGUCAGAUGAUUCUAAAGACGAAGUGCAAUCAUCAUUAUAUUGAUGAUUCAAGAUUCACGUGUGAAACGCCCUUUGUUAUGUAACAGAAUUAUAGUUUGAAAAGGACAAGUAAUUCUGGUUCAAAUGAGCAAUAGAGCAUGAUAAACUGAGAGCCAGAACUAGACCUUUAGUCUUGCUUUUAAUUGGGAAGUGCUGAUUGCAUACAGUGUCUGAAAAGUUACAGGAAUGGUGUCAUUAAAAAAAAAUACACUGUUCAGUCAUGCUUUUUUAUUGGGAAGAGGUGAUUGUAUACAGUGUCUGAAAAGUUCCAGGAAUGGUAUUAGCCAACGUUUACUUUGAAGCAGAGCAAUAAGUUCUUUUAAAAAUAAAUUACCAUUUUUGCAGUUCGAGUAAUGCAACGAAUACUAGAAUCAAACUUGAAAGACCAAAUCAGGUUUCAAAUCGUAGUUAAUGUCUAUUGUUUUAUGUCAGUACGAUUUGGAAUUCGAUAUUAUUCAAGUCCUACAGGUUUGCAAUAGAAUGGAAUCUUGAUUUUACUAUAAUUCAUGCUAGGGGCAGAUCUAGGAUUUUCCAAA